GAAGACAAAGUCGAGGCCUCAGGAAAGCAGCAAGAUACAGCCAGUGACCAGAAUAUGGAAACCGAAGUGAUUAUAGAUGACAAGCCUAAUAAUGCAACAGAUACCGUUAAAUCGGAUCUUUUGAAUGGUGAAAAACUUAAUCAGGCGGAAGAUGGCGAUGAAAACGAGAACGAUGUUGCAAUAAUUCUUGCAGAUAGUAAUAACGAUAUAGUACAAUAUGCAAAAGUCGCAGAAGAAACAAUUACAAUAGACAGCUCAAAGGAGAAGGAUAAAUUAGAGGAGACCAUAAAGAAUCUCGAAGACUUGAUCGAGAAUAAUACAACGAAUAACAAGUGUGAAGAGCGGGAAAACUCGAAUCAUACCUUGAAUGAUAGCUCCAUGGAUGCAGCUAACAUG